UUAUGGGGUAUGGGAGGAGGGAGGAAAAAUAUGUUGCAGAUCUUUAUGUGGUUUUUAAAACCAGCUGUCAGAGGCAAUUACUGAAUAAACUAAAGCACAAGAGUGGGGUUUGUGAGCUGGAAGCAACGCUAGCCUGCAAAAAUAAAGGGGCAGUGGGCUUCUGUUGUGACUGUGGAGGAAGAAACUUCAGCCUUCUGCAUUUCUCACCACCUACUCUCCAUCCACCCUACGCAAAAAUGAGUUGUGUGCCAUGGAAAGGUGACAAGACCAAAUCGGAAUCACCAGAGCCACCCCAGCAGCCGCCACUGCAUAUUUACCACGAGAAGCAGCGUAGGGAGCUGUGUGCCCUCCAUGCCCUCAACAAUGUCUUCCAGGACAGCAACGCCUUCACCAGGGAAACCCUGCAAGAGAUUUUUCAGAGGCUGUCUCCCAACACCAUGGUGACACCCCACAAGAAGAGCAUGCUGGGAAAUGGAAACUAUGAUGUGAACGUGAUCAUGGCAGCACUGCAGACCAAAGGCUAUGAGGCGGUUUGGUGGGACAAGCGCAGGGAUGUUAAUGUCAUUGCCCUGUCUAAUGUGAUGGGCUUCAUCAUGAAUCUGCCCUCCAGCCUUUGCUGGGGCCCUUUGAAGCUUCCCCUCAAGCGACAGCACUGGAUCUGUGUCCGGGAGGUGGGAGGCACCUACUACAACCUUGACUCCAAACUCAAGAUGCCUGAGUGGAUUGGAGGUGAAAGUGAGCUCAGGAAAUUUUUGAAACACCAGCUGAGAGGAAAGAACUGUGAACUCCUGCUGGUGGUGCCAGAGGAGGUGGAAGCACAUCAGAGCUGGAGAGCUGACGUGUGACCUGGACCAAUUCUGUCCUCCCACUACAGCUCUUCCCCUUUACUGAACUCCUGACAUCCUGAAACCUGAAUAAUGGGUGCCCCAGACUCUUCUCAUCUGGAAUUUCCUUUGUUAGGCUCUUCUCUUCCUUCCUUGGUGCAAUAGGGCAACUGCAUAGGACAUCGGUGGGGUGGGGGUAGGGGGAAGAAUUGAGGAUCAGAGUGGAGGAAACUGGAAGCCAAUCACUUUAAUUGCAAAGGUGGGUGAGCUGCUUGCCCUUUGGCUAGCCAGAAGGCAUUGCAGUCUUUAAAAGUGGGCUUUGGGGCUAGGGUGUCUGGAAGCCUCUAGCCUCCCUUUCCCCACAUGGCCCAAGGCCAUGUGUGGUAGGACACUGCUCCCUCCAGGCUUUGCUGGGGCAGAGCAGGAGCCGAGCACACUGCCGCCUCUUCAGAAGUCUCUCCCUCCAAAACAAGUUGUCAUGCAGACAUUUGCAAUUCCUAAAGGUCUCUCAGGACACUUGAAAACACUAGGAAUGGUACAGUGCUCAGCAUGACCCUCUGCUUCGUAUGGAUGGUUUGUGCCAGGACUUGGCAAACAAUAAUAAAACCAGUGUCAUCUUUCAAGAAGCUCCUUGGGGUAGCUACAGGACUCUUCCCCAGUGUCUCCAGGGAUUUUCAUACAUAGUGAGUGGU